AAGUGUAAAGGGUUAAUUUUUUAAAAGUGUGAAUUUAUAGAAAUAUACCACAAUGUCGAUUAAAAUUGAAUUAUGCGCAAUAGUUUUGGUGGUAGCAUGCGCGACAUCUACAUCAGCGUUCUUUCUAAGUUGGGGAUCGCCACAACCGGUUAAAUCGCAACAUCCGCCUCCACAACAACAACAAACACAACUACCUCAGCCCUACCCACCAACCCUUGCAUAUUACCAGCGCGUGGUGCAACACCAACCGCAGUAUGUUGACAACAACGGAGUACCAAUGCAACCACUACAACCGAUUCCCUCCAUACCAAUUCAAGUCCCCCUACAAGCACAAUUCUCCCCUGCGCCAGGAAUACACAACGUGCAACUUGUGCCCUGUUUAUGUCCAGUAUCGCAAGAUAUGGAACCCAUUGAAAAUGCUGCGUUUCCUUCCUCACAACAGCAGCAGGCGCAACAGCCACAACAACAAAUGCAACAACUCCAACAGCAGCAAUUGCAACAGAUCCAGCAACAAAUUCAACAAAAGCAGAAUCCGUAGAAACUCUGGUGACAUUGUAUUUUAAACAAGAAAAAAAAACAAUUAUUUAAUUGUAGAAAUUAUAGGAAGUUGUGCACUCUAUUAUACCUCCAUAGACACAUAUACACUAAUUGAAAGACUGAUGAUUAUUAAUUGUAAUGUAAAGACUUGACGAAAGACUGCUAAUUAUACGUUUUAAUAAUUUAUAACAAAAGAAAAGAGCGUCGAACGAGUAUUAGCGACUCAUAAUUAUAGUUGUUUUAUUUAAUUAUUGCAAACUGUAAAUAUUUAAUAACUUAUUUAUUAUUGUAGUGCAGGAAGAAACGGAACAAUGUUGCAAUUUAGUUUAUAUCAUUUAAUAGUAAAUAAUUAAUGUCACGAUGGAAUAAUAGACUGUAUCACCCAAUUAAAAGUUAUCCUUAAAUAAAAUAAUACUAUAAAUUAA